AUGAGUAGAGCCGACUUGUUUCUGCACCUGGAGGGUCAUCCGCCCGUCAACCACCUGCGCUGUGAGAAGCUGACCUUUAAUAACCCCACCGAGGAGUUCAGGAGGAAGCUGCUCAAGGCUGGAGGGCAACGGGAUCCUCACAAAAGAAGCUCAGAAGAUUCAAAAGUGAUGGUCAUGCAGGAGGGCUCGACGUCUCUGUUUGGUCAGCACCUGAAGCUGCCCACACUGCCCAGCAGUUCACUGACCUUCUCCUUCCCCGACCUCAAGAAGAGCAAGCCCUUCCCGGGGUCAAAGAUCUCUGUUGGAGUUUUUCUACGCUGCCGAGCCGCGAGGCUUCUGGGAGCCUUUAACCAGCGCGUGGUUUCUAUACGCUGUGGAGGCUUCUGGGAGCCUUUAACCAGCGCGUGGUUUCUAUACGCUGCCGGGCCGCAAGGCUUCUGGGAGCCUUUAACCAGCGUGUGGUUCUACAGCGUGCAGAAUGUUCACACUCUCCUGAGCAGUGGAUUUGGGAAGUGCUGGCCAAGUCCAGGAGGCUUCCGGGCAGUUGCUCACGUCGUCCUCCUCCCAAGCUUGACAAGCCCCAGCGCCUCCAAGGAGCCCCGUAGUGCCUUCAGGGAGCUGGCCAGGGAAGGACUCCCAAAGCCCCCCAAAGACUCCUCCACCUCCACCUCCUCCUCCUCCUCCAAGAAGCCCAAAGACUGCCCCAGCCAGCCGCCUCCGCCCCCACCGCUCCAGAGCGACCUCCACCACCCCCACAAGAUGGGCUUCAAGGAGCCCAAGGGGAUGGUCAAGGAGCCGCGGCCCACCGAGGGGGGGUUCGGGGGGGCUGGCAAGCGUCUCCCAGGGGGGGAGGGUGUGGGGGUGGGGGGCGGCCAGGACCACGUGACCAAAAAGCGUAAGAAGGGCUUUCCGGUGGUCCCACUGCGCCCGUGGACAAGGCGCACCACCUCCCACACACACACACACACCAGAAAGGGACAAAGGGGCAAGCCGGGUGGGGGAGACCCCAGUGAGAGGGGGGGACGGAGGAAGACGCCAACACAGCCGCCCUUCCAGGAGCUCGUGGACCCCGUCGAGUCGGACAUGGAGGACAACAUGUCCGCCAAGUCAGAGUCGGAGCAGCCCAGUCCUGCCAGCUCAAGUUCUAGCUCCAGCUCAAGCUUCGGACCCACCCACAAACGGCAAGCGCUGGGGCCACUACGGUCCAUCAUCCAGGACCUGCCGUCCGACGACAACGAGGAGGACUCCGAGGAGGACGACGACAACGACAUGGACUCUGACCUGGAGAGACCCAUGCACACACACCUCACACACCGCCACCACAGGGUGAGCUUGAGUGACGGGAGUGACAGUGAGAACAGCUCCGCCUCCUCGCCGCUUUCUCGAAACGAGGGCCCGCCUCUUCUGAAGUCGAGCAAUAACCAGAUUCUGGACAUGAAGAGCACGCUGAAACAGCCGAAGCAGGAGAAGACCAAGACCAUAGAUUGUGAUAAGGCCUACCUGGAUGAACUAGUGGAGCUGCACAAAAGACUAAUGGCACUAAGGGAGAGGCACAUACUGCAGCAGAUUGUGAACCUCAUCGAGGAGACCGGUCACUUCCACAUCACGAACACGACCUUCGACUUUGACCUUUGCUCGCUGGACAAACCUACGGUGCGCAAACUGCAGAGCUACCUGGAGACCUCCGGAACGUCGUGAGGCCUGUCCGCAGACCUGUCAUUCUCCAGUUUCUCCGCUUAGAACCUGUUAUGUGGGGAGGAGAACCCACUCGCAGACGCUGACCAAAAAAAAAAAAAAAAAAAAAAACACAGAACGUGUUGUUGCAGAACCAGAAGACAAAUCCCAAGAAGAGAACGCAGAACUCACCCUGAAGCCUUUCCAUGUUCCCAUGGCAAUCAGGACACACGUGCUAAAGGACUGUGGGCUCGUCAUACGAAUGUUCAUAUUGUUCCCUUCUGUGUGUGAGUGUGUGUGAGUGUGCGUGUGCGUGAGUGUGCGUGUUUGUGUAUGUGUGUUUUGUUCAUCGGUUUUGUUUGUUGUGACGAAUGCAUGUUUCAAUACUGCCUUGCAACCGCGUCCAGCUAUUUAUUACAUUUUUCAACUUUUCAGGUGUGUGUGUGUGUGUUUUGUACAAGCGAAUGAGAGGCAUUACGUGUGUGUGUGUGUGUGUGUGUGUGAGAGUGAGUGCUCUAUAGCGAUCUUGUCUCUCUGGCUUAAGCGGUGGGUGAGUUGGAGUUGCGUCUCCACAGGAAGAGACGUCUUUGUGUUUCUCUGCCCCUGGCGUGGCCUUCAAAGGGCUGAGGUUCAACUUCACGCACACAAACACUUACACACACACACACACACACAUGUCAGAGAACCCUGGGGAAAUGCCUUGCCUAAUACACACACACACAUACAAACACACACACACCGUGAACUGCUGUUCUGAUUUCAAGUGAUAUCAAGGUUAGGUUUACAUAAAUGCGUCUGUUCCAAAGCUGAGGUUCAACUGCCUACACACACACACACACACACACACACACACACACACACAAGUGAAAUCAAGGUUAGGUUUACAUAAAUGUGUCUGUUCCAAAGCUGGACUGCAGAUAAUGGUGAUGUGUUUCAGAAAGAGCGCCGACAGCAGAUAACCAGAGACCUUAUUUAUUUGGCCCAGGAGACUCCUGGUUCUAGGGUCUUUAGUCGGCCCAGGAGACUCCCGGUUCUAGGGUCUUUAGUCGGCCCAGGAGACUCCUGGUUCUAGGGUCUUUAGUUGGCCCAGGAGACUCCCGGUUCUAGGGUCUUUAGUCGGCCCAGGAGACUCCUGGUUCUAGGGUCUUUAGUCGGCCCAGGAGACUCCCGGUUCUAGGGUCUUUAGUCGGCCCAGGAGAGUCCCGCUUCUGGGAUCUUUAGUCGGCCCUGCAGAGUCCCGGUUCCUUUUGCUUUGUUAGUCUUGUUCUGUUCUCCCUCUGCGCUUGUGAUGGAACCUGAUCUUUUGAGGGGGUUUUUUUGUCUUUUUUUUUUUUUAAAUUGAGGAACUGAAGUUUUCAUUGAACUCGUCUUGCCUUUGGGGUCGCUGAGACAAAAGCAACCCAGGAGGAGAAAACUAAUGCAGAAACAAACAUGGGCCUUGUACUCACAAACAAACAAACAAAAACAGAUUGUACUGACGAGACACAGCACCUGCCUCUGCUAUGCUUGAAGACACUCAGUGGCGGCCACCUCUCCUGACGUUCAGGAGUGGACUGUUGUUGUCCACCUC